CACUGACGAGUGACAAUGGCUUUUGCAAUCUGAGGUGUUACUAGCAGCAGCUCAACAUGGCUUUUCUUUAAAAGGAAAGAAAUACUAAAUGCUAAAGCUCCAUUGUGAAAGGCAGAAGGAGGAGGGUCUCUGAUGAGGAGUUUUAACUUCGAGGCACCUUAGGCUUUCCUUAUGUGCAUCACAUUAGUGGAAAAUUCCUUCAUUUCUUUAAGAAGAUAAACAGUUGUAAGUCUCACGUUUGGUUGAGGUGACAUCAAUGCCUGGCUGGAACUGCCAGCAUUCCAAAAAGGAUAUCGUCCCCAUCUGCAGCCACUCAGGGCUGCGGGGCGGAGCCUGCAGCACCAGCCGGGCCCAGUUCAGGUGCAUAAGUAGGUCGGGCAGGGCCCAGGUGAUGCACCUGCCUCAGCCAGGGGCCUGAGCACAGCUCUGUCAGAAGUGAUCACCCGCCUGCGGUAGAGCAUGAGCUCCUUUGAGCCACAAACACACUCUCCACCACGCUGCAGCCCACAGUUUCCAAAUAUCGGUCAAGAACCUCCAGAGAUGAGUAUCUACUACGAGAACUUUUUCCAUCCACAGAACAUCCCUAGCCCACAGCGUCCGAGCACCUUUGAGACGACGGAUUACAACGCCACUCCCAAUCCCUACCUCUGGCUAAAUGGACCUUCCAUUACCCCACCACCCUAUCUCCCAGGAUCCAAUGCCAGCCCCUUCAUUCCUCAGCCUUACGGGAUGCAAAGGCAGCUCUUGCCUAACAUGCAUGGCCUGGGAGGAACUGACCUUGGCUGGCUUCCGCUCCCGUCCCAAGAAGAGCUGAUGAAGUUGGUUAGACCGCCUUACUCUUACUCUGCACUUAUUGCCAUGGCUAUCCAUGGAGCACCCGAGAAGAGGCUGACUCUCAGUCAGAUCUACCAGUAUGUAGCUGAUAACUUCCCAUUUUAUAACAAAAGCAAAGCUGGCUGGCAGAACUCUAUACGGCACAACUUGUCUCUCAACGACUGCUUCAAGAAGGUGCCCCGAGAUGAAGAUGAUCCAGGAAAAGGGAAUUACUGGACUCUGGACCCAAACUGUGAAAAGAUGUUCGAUAAUGGAAACUUUCGCAGGAAGAGGAAAAGGAAAUCUGACAUUGGGGCUAGUGCUGCCACCCUUGUAUCUGAGAAAUCGGAGGACAGUGCCCUGACUGGCAGCCCCAAAGUUGUAGAGCAUCAGGAUAUCUUGGAAAACUCGUCACCUGGGACUGACAAUUCACCUGAGAAAGGAUCUCCACCUCCAUCUUCCAGUAGCCCAUGCCUCAGUAACUUCCUCUCCAGUAUGACUGCAUAUGUUAACGGCUCCAACUCAGGGAGCCGCUCUGUGCCGCUGGGACUCAACACUGAACCCAUUGACAAAAUGGGACAGAACAUGGUGGGCUUUAAUUCCUACUCUCCACUCCCCAAUAUCCCCAGUCAUGGUGGAGGAGAGUGGUCCAAUUCUAUGCCUUCUAGCCACCUUGGCUACAGCAACUCUGUGCUCAACCAGUUUAACACCCAUUUUUACAGCAGUAUCAGCACAAACAACACACUCUAUUCCAGGGAAGGAACAGAGGUUUAAAUGAAGGAUUCUAAGACACCAAGGUGUAGCUAUUUGUGAGAGAAAUGACCUGUGGGCAGAUGAUUAGCGUUAGCCUGUCGACUCUGGGACCCACAUUGCAUCCUACCUUCUGACAGCCACAAACUUGUUACUCAUUAUACUUACAUCACAAACACUCCACAUUCAGCAGCUCCACACACAAAAUCAGGUGUUGUAGCAGCAAGAGUAGUGAAGAGUUCUCCUGGGACACUGUGCUUGUAUUGCUGCUGACUGUGGUCCUCUACAGACAUCCUUGAGAAGUUACUGCUUGCUUUAGGCAUGAAGCUUUUUUUGGCAUGGUACUAAUAUUUCUGUGCUUUAAAAGUGCUCAUAGAAAUGUGGUCAUGUCUCUAAAUAUCCUCUCUUGCUGAUAUAGGCUGUCUGUACUAGGCAUGCUUAGCAAGUUCUUAUUUGGCCAAAGCUAUUCUGAGGCACCAAAGGAUCUGUAAUAAAAACUACUGUAUAGUGAGCAACAACCACCACUUGAAUGGCAAGUGCUGUCUUUGGUUUUCUCUCAUACUAGUGCAUAUAUUAUAUAAAUUUUGAUCCCUUUUCAACCCCAAGGAGAAUAUGGCUGUGAAGCAAGCUAGCAUCCCCAUGGGCACAACAGUCAUUUUGAAACUGAAGUGGAAGCAUGACAAAAUAUAAUGGAAUUGUCUUCUGCUGGUACAGUUGGAUCUUAAUGUUUUCAAAUCUAAUUACAGGGUCAUUUUUUUUUUUUUUUUUUUUUGCCUUACACAUGCGAAUCUAUUCACAUAAGGAAAACAGGAUCUGUCCUGAAUAUAUAUGUAAAAUACAUGAGGUUUUUAAGAAGAAAACACAUUUAUUCUAUCUUAACAUUCUACGUGAAACAUUUCUACUGAGCAAAGAAUUUGAAUAUUGAAGGGGGGAGAGGAAAGAGCAAAGGGGAGGAAGAAGGUUUAAUUAUCUCUGAGUUUCAGUUCCAAAGGCUAGAUCUUUCCAAGUAUCGGUUGCAGAUAUUGUAAAAAGUCCCUGUACUGUAUUUUUUUUUCAUUUUGUAAAAGUCUGUGCUGCUUGUCCUUGUGUAGAUACUAGAAAGAAUGCUUAUUUUUCCUAUGCUCUACUGUAGCUACAAACAAUAUUUCAAAACAUAUAUGAAGUUUUUUCAAACAAAGACUUGAAUCAAGUUCCAUAUUUAUGUAGAGUAAUAUCAAGCUGGAUAGACUGCAGCAUACAUAAACAGCAAGUUCAGCUGUUCAUAUCUGGGCACUGACCAGACAUUUGGAAAAACAGAAAUCAUAUUAAUACAUUGUAAUAGAUGAUGUUUUGUCUUGAUUUUUGUUUUUUUAAACUCUAUAUGGGUAUAGUUUUGUUAGGGGCCUCCCCAGAAGCAUUUUUAAUAAAGCAUUUGUGUAGAAGAGUGUGUA